AUGCUACCAUCAUUACCGGCACAUGCCGAGUCGUUGUCAGAGCGACUGGCGGCUCGUGAUCCUUCCAAGUUGACGAAUUCGCUAUUUAAUAAACCACCGGCUGCCAUGGUCUACCCCGGCUUUAUGCGAAGUGCCAUUUGGGAUGUGCAAGCCCAAUUCGGGGGAUACCUGUUUCCGUCCACCAAGAUUCCCAAGGACCAACUGCUGGCCAAAGCGACGACGCCGGGAUUCCAAAAAUGCAGUAUUGCCGCCAUUAGCGAUAUCGGAAGAGAAGGCACGGUCCAAUAUGCCAUGCACAUUCUACCCAAUGGACUGGAAGAUCGUGCCUU